ACCCACGUUUCCCCAAAUUUUACCUGAUGGAGCAAUAACCAUAAGGAACCUCUUGACUCGUAGGUGUUUUAUGCCAUUUAAACCAAAUACCGAUAAAUCAAAAAGCCUCGUUUUAUGACAGUUCCUUAGGAUUAUUGCGAUCCGCUUAAUUCUAUGUGCUCGCUGGUAGCCGCCUCGGACGCAGAGUCACCGGACGUAACACAGAUAUUUUCUUACAACGAAGCAUACACGUUCGAACGAAAGAAUUUCUUUCAAACACGAAAGAUGACUAUUUGUUUCGAUCGAUGGAAAAAAUUAUAUAUAAAACACGGACGAGAAAUAUGUAAACCUGGUACAUAUCGCAAGAAAGGGGAAAAGUUCACUUUCUCGUUUCUUCCGGAACAGAAUUCUUCUGUCAUUGAUAAAUCAUUCGGGCGGAAAAUCUGCUACGCUUUCCUGCAAACAGAUCGCAAUUCCCCAGAGAAUAACGACGAAUUACCGCUUAAUGGAGGUGAAAAGAAACACGUUCGAAUCGAUUCUCGAGAAAAUACACCUGUCAUAUGUCCGGACUAUGGUAUAUUCACUUUCUUGCCAUUUAUUAAAACGAAACUAUAUUAACGAUGAGGCACAUCAUUAGAAAAAAAAGUGGGUGUCGUAUUAUCGGUACUUUUCCUGUCCUCGAUUCAUAAUAUAGGACGAACAUUAUCCUCGUGUUCUAGCACAUUCUCCCAAGCAUUUUUACCCUAACUACUACUAUGAAAGAACUAAUUCCAUUCGUUGGAGCAUGAAAGCAAUAACUUCUUGCGAAAACUAAACGUUAUUACAUAAUAGCGAAUCGAUGAUCCGCGUAGUCGCGCAUUUACCCGGCGUUGAAGUCUCCGCGCACGUAAUUUCUCCAAAAACUUGCGCCCAGGCUCGUCUAAUAUACAGUCGGAAUUUUAACACGUCGGUUUCCUCCCUAUUCCUUGAAAUGACUUUUCGGCCGUUAACAUGACGCUCGGUAGUACGUAUGAGCUAACAGUGUAUUUGGUGCAUGAAGAGUGAAAGAUAAAGAGCGUGUUUGUGAGCGAUACGCGUUUGUGUUGGAGCAGCUGUUACGAUUGGGGCACGCGUCUCAACGGUCGCAGCAGCUGCCCAGAAAAUUAUCUAUAGUAACCUCGACUGAAGUUCUCUCAUGAUGUUCACGUGAUGAAUUCACCGUAUGUCUUAUAUACGUUUACAACAAAUAUUCUAUUCCUAAGAAAACAAAAAGGUCGGUUUAACGAAAAAGAAUCAAAUUUCGAUUUAACAAACGGUCAAUGAUAAGCAACUACUUCGUUUCAUGAAUGAUAUUAUUUUUUGUAAUCUCUUACGAUACAUAGGUACCUUAAAAGAUUAACAUAAUUCUACAUACGAUAAAAGUUAGAAAAUAUUUACUUCACAGAGAUCUUCGAAAUUACCUGACACGUAAUUAAUUACAUUAAUAAGCUGAGAAAUUAAUAGUUUGGUAAAAAUCCUACGUAUGUGGAUUAAAUAAAUAAGUAAAUAACUUGCAACCUCUAUAUACAUUUCAGGAUUGGUUUGGAACGUUAUCAAUAAAACAAUGAUAUUGUCGUACCUCAUUGCGGUGCUAAUGAAGAUGCGCACAAAGUAAUGUUCAUAAAAGUUACAUCGUAUACAUAUUUUGUGAAAGCAUCGAAAAAUUUGAUUUUUAAACCAUUGAAAUUAAAAUAUGCAGCGGUAUUUAAAAUUUAAAUGUCACGGUAGAGGUGAAAAGGUCGUAUAAAUUCCGCAACACACUAUCGGGGGUAGUAGCAAUAUAGAAAACGUUAGAAGGAACUAUAGGCAUCAGAGUCCCCACCCUGUGAUGCGACACCAGGAUCGCAUUAUGUGAACCCUCUGACAACCCCUCAGGUAAUACGUAGCAUACAUGCACGCUUGUGUGAUGGAAACGGUCGAAGAAACGCCCUUCGUAUAGUACACAUCUGCUCUUGAGGGAACUCAUGUGGCAGUUCGUUGGAAGCAACCGUAGCGUACGGAUCGAACGCAUUUCACCAUUGGACUUUGCUCAACGGAGUCGUCGACUUUUCCAUCAAGUUACCAACAAACUUUUUUACCGUUACGAAGGAAACUUUGGACAAACUAUUUCUUACCAUUUUUGUGAAUAUUAAAAAAAAAUGGUUAAGAAAGAUUGAAGAUCGAGGUGUCUUAAAUCGUGAUAGCAAGGAGAAACAAAUUGAAAGAAGAAAAUGUGCAGGGCAAACCAUAUCUCGAGCCAAGACAUCGUCUCACCACCUAGGCGAACGGUAACAUUCUCCCUGGAAACUUGGACAUCGCCUACCUACGUCAGCAGCGCUUUCCUGAUUCUCAUCAAUCGAAGAAACAAAUCGUAAAUCGGAGGAUAUAAUCCUCCGGUUUAUGUACAAACAAUAAACAACAGCUACUAGAGAUACUAAAUGCGCGUGACGAUCGUCGCGCGCGUCUCGAUAAAUACUCGUUCGUUUACAUCCAGUGUCGCACGCGGACUGUUAAAGAUAGCGUGCCUCGUGAAACUAAGUGAAACGGGUACCAAGCAAAGUUGCAACCUAGAAAGGAUAAAAUGAUGGAUCAAAUAACGGAACUAGUUCCUGUGCAUUGUUACACGAACCCCUCGUUUUGCCGCCAAUCGGAAUACAUACCCGAGGAUCAUUCCGAUGACCUACCACCACCACCUCAAUUUCAAAGUGGUGACGAUUUACCACCACCACCUCCGCCAUUGCAAUUGCAGUGCAACAUAGGUCAAAGUAACCCUGCGUUUCAAGAACCUACCGAGGGUAGAAUCGAAAACAGCGACGGUAAAGACAACAGAUAUUGUUACCUCGAGAGUAACAGCAGUGUUGCGCAUCGAAGAUAUGGAAGCGUUCCAGUGGAGGGACACCGCGCGAUAUACAGCCAAAGGUCAAGGUACGAGUACAUACAGGACGAGCAGAGGGAUCAGAUACAGAGGAGGGGUUCUUUGAGGUACGAGUUCAUUCCACACCAGCAGGUGCAACAACGUUCUGCACCGGCGACCAACCAAGACGAUGGGAGGGAACUGCAGAUGCAAAGUUGUCGGAACAACGGCGGCAGAUACGCUGUUGUACCGGGUGAUCAGGAUUACCAGGACGAAGAAAUCGAGUGGAACAGCGCAAAGCACGUGUCGUCGGUGCAGAGUCAUAUUAACACGCCACAGGGUCGUUAUACCAGAGUGCCUUUGCAAGAAGAAGACCCGCCAGCUCUACCGGAACGAAACGCCCAGGAGCUGUCGGUUUCCCCGAGAAAUAACUUAGCCACGCAAAAACUGCACGAGAUAUUGACUACUCCGAGGAAGCCUCGAUCCAGGUCCGAGGAGAGGACUCUAUCUCCAAAGAGACAACAGUCGUUCAAUCAAACCGGUACGCCACAAAGAAGAGCACUCACACCAGGUGGUUCCCCGACUGGUCGAACGUUCAGCCCUACUCGUUGCACGCCUCAAGGAACUCCACAAAAUCGUACGUUCUCCACGAGACCUCAAACAUCCACCCCGAACAAGGAGCCAUCUGCACGACGAUGUCUACCGUUAUUGGAAAACCCGACUCGACAACAGGAACUCUGUCCAGCCAGCAACUGUGGAAGACUACGAUACGUUGGCACGGCACCGAUCGACCUUGUCACGAUGGGUCACGGUGAUCCACCGCCUCGUUACGCGUACGUGGAAAAUGGACCAGAAUCUAUGCCGAUGGUGUCCGGUUCACCUAGGUAUCAAGUGAUACCUACAGGACAGAAAAGGAACGGAUACCAAAGCGUAGAAAGUGCUUUUAUUGCUAGAACCGCGGUGGUACCACCACUGUCACCACCCAACAGUGACGCAAAUACAACCUUGGCCAGCGGCGUGGAGAAAAACGACAGAAAAAACGCGCCGCUCUUAUUACUUUUGGUUGGUAUUUUAACCUGCGGUUUGGCCCUGUACUUGUCUUGGACGCAGGGAAGAAGAUAUUAUUACGACAGUGCCGCGGGUUGCGGCGUCUGCUGUGCCUUAGCUGGCGCCUGUAGGACGCUACGAAAGACUUGGACAGGACUCGCGCUUGCAGGAUUAUCGGCACUGAGCUGUGCAGGACUUUUGCUACUUGCUGCCAAAUCCCCUAAAUCUGGCACCCCUCUCCACGAUGUCACGGCCGGUGCUUUGUGUGGAGUUUCCUUACUAGGUGCUAUUUUGGCGUUAUUCGCGCUUCUGUCACCAAGGUGCAAUUUAGGACGACACAGAAGGGUGCAUUCUUGGAUUCCUCGGCUUUCACCCUGAUUUUCGCAUUCAGAUUGUCUAAUCGCGUGUUCUCGAUAUAUAUAGAAUAUGAUACACCUGGCAAAUUUCAACAAUUUGAAAUUAUGUCAGGGUCAAGGUCCUCGAUGAUUUCACCAAUACAUGCAAUUAGUUUCAAUGACAUACGUAAAGGUAUUUUCCAUUCUACAUAUACUUCUAAGGUUUAGGACAGAUUUAACAUAGGUUUGCGGUAGAUUUUCAUUUAAAAUAUUUGUAAUUUAGGGAUAUAGCAUGCAGUACUCAAAAUACUUCUGCGUAAAUCCUUGAAACCAAAGAUGGCUACUACAUAUAUUGGUGAAACGUACCUCAAAGUCAUAGAAAUUGUUGAGCUGUAGCCUGUUCUUUAUUCUGUAAUUAUAAUUAUUUUUGCGCAGUGAAACGUUGUCUGACCAGGCAUAGAAAUCCUAGUCUGCUGUUUUGUCAAGAAUAUUUUAUAGUUACGUAUAGUUACGUUCUAUAGUUACGUAUCGUUAUCUGAAGUGAAACAAAUUGAUAAUAUGUGCUCGCAACAAUUACCCAAGUACGAUACUUUGUAUUUUUGUAAAACCCUGUAUAUUUUCUAUCGAUUUUUAAAUAAAACAAU